AUGAAGUUUAUGAUAAUCACUCAUUGGGAGCGAGAUUAUGAGGCGCGUGACAAGAACAACUUCAAAUUGGUGGCAGUGGUGGAAAAAAUUACCACGACGGCAAAUCUAUUACUGGAUAAUGAUGAUGAUGAUUGUGAGAUAGUGUCAACGCUGGAGGAUGGGAAAAACAACAAGGGAUUGAUUGUAGCGAAAGACAGACUGCCAUUGAAGAGGAGUUUCCACAGCUUUUAUAUUGUCGCACUAUCUUUUCUUCCUCCUCUGGUUCUCCUUCUUGGUGCUUCUUGGAUUGUUAGCCUUUUGAUUCGCAAGUUGAAGUGUGGUUAA